AUGGAGGAGUUCAACGACCCGCGCUUCGAUCCGAUUCAUUACGUGAACGUCGCGGCGCGACAGUGUUUUAACAACGAUGAGAAGAAGAAGCACCUUCAACACAAAGCGAACGACAUCACCGACGAAAACGUGGAAUUGGAACGACUCUUAUCGGAGCUGGAAAUGCGCUUGCAACUUCUCGGGGAGGACAUUUCGUUACAACUGGAACGCGAAUCGCAACUCGGGGUGAAACGAAUUCCAACCGCGAUUGGUGAGAUUGAAGUUUUAGAGGAGAACGUGGAGAGUUUGACGAAUACGGUGAAGAAUAUUUCGCGAUCGUUGGACGAGACGGAGUUUCCGUCGAAACAAAGCAUCGAGCGGUUGAGGAAAAUCGACGAGGUGAAAUCGAGGAUGGAAAGAGCGAGAGAUACGCUGAGCGAGGCAGCUGGGUUGGCAGAGUUGAUGCAUUCGGUGGAUUCGGUGUUUAAUGGGGAGAACGUGAGCAACAUGGCGGAUGCGUUGGUGAGGAUGAAGCGAGGGUUGGCGAUCGUCGGCGACGUGCCGGAAUUCGCAGACGGGAGAGAUAGGAUUGCUGUUUUGGAGAGUCGGUUAGAGAGCGCGGCGAGGCCGGCUUUGUUGCGAGCUUUGGAGAUGGAUAAAGGGGUGAAUAUGAGCAGUAGUACUACUAUGGUGAGCAGCAGCGGGAGUCGAGAUUCGAUCAAGUUUGCUCGAGACGCCCGGGACGCGUUGAGGAGCAUCGGGAAGAACGAGAGUAUCGAAGGCGCGUACGCCGAGGCGAGAGUGGUCUCGCCAGCCAUGGAGUUUUGGGUCGCGUUCGAAGAGAAGACCUAUAACGAUGGGUUGAUUAUGAAUGAGAACAGUCCGCCGAACGAUACUAAUAGUAAUAACGACAAGAAAACGGACGAAGACGCCGCGAACGAGGCUUUCGCAAAUUUUCUGCCACAAUUUUACGAUUUUGUCAUCAGCUUAAUCGAAAAAGAGGUGAAUUGGACAAAAAGUACCUUCCCGGAGGAUGUGGCGACGUUAGUUUCGGCAGGUGUGGCGAGUUUACACCGCGCAAUUGCGAAGAAAAUGCAAAAGCGAUUGGAUACGUUGUGUUACGGAAGCUAUUACGGAGACGGAGCGAAUAGUAAUACAAACUUUAGUAGUAAUAGUACGAAUAACAACAACGACGGCGAGAAUAACGCGGAUAUAGGCGCGGAUUUAGAGAACAUGAUGCGAUGUAGAAUAGCGACGACGCGAUAUGCCACGCGUUUGUGCGGGGCUUUAGAGCCGUGCGUGCGUAAAAUGGUGACUGCUGCGAUGAAAGAAACUGCGAGCGGAGAAGACGACGGCACUACAAACGCGCUGGACGAAUCCUACUUGAUGUCUUCUUCUGACGAUGAGGACGAUGAUUUCAGAAAUCGGUUUACGAGCGAUGUGGAUGCCGCGAACGGUGCGAAUACAGAUGGUACCAGCGCGAAAGGUGACGGUAGUAACUCCGCCAACAACAAAAAGUCAAAGAAGCGCGAGAAAGUCGCCGCGGCGGUUCAAAAGUUUACCGAAGCUUUAUCGACCGUUUUCAUUCCGUUCGUGAAGUCUGAAAAAGUCUUUCCUAAACUCGAAUCGAUCAAGUUGCGAGAGGAGAUUGUUUCGUUGGCGACUUCGACGGUGGACGUGGAUGAUUUCGACGGCGACUUUUUAGCCUUUUCCGCCGCCAUCGAGAAGACGUGUAAAAGCGCCUCUAAAAGUGCGAUGAAAAGUUUUGUCAGUUGCAAAGAAUAUUCGAGCGGUUUAGAAACUGUCGCUGCGGUGAAAUCCAUCGAUGAUUCGUUGACUCGAUUCGUGAAAGCGUUGGAGGGGAGAUUGAAAGCGGUGCGCAUCGCCAUCGGUUUAGAUAAGAACAUCGGCGGCGCGAGUAGUAGCAGCAAUAAAAACCCGGAAGAUUUCAUCGACGCGAGUUUGAGUUUGUUGCGAGCGACGAAAUCGGUACCGCAAACGUUUGCUGAUCUCGACGCGCGCGCGUCUGCCACUUUGAAGCAAAUCGCGAACGAAAGCAGUUUCGCGAAUAGUGGCGGCGCGACAUCCGACGUGGACUUACUUCGUGCGAUUGGUGGUAAGAAGUACAUGGACAUUGUUUUCUCGACGCAAUCGCGGCUCGAUGCCGGGCGUUCACGAACGCUCGCGAUUUAUUUGGAACCGUACGCGGAAUCUACGUCGGCGUCUGCGUUUUCCAGGAAUAACAGCAAAAAUAACGACAAGUCUGGCAUCCUCGCCUCGGCGCAUUCGGUGUUCCCGAGAACCGCGGACGCGGCUGUGCAGUUUAGAGACGCGUGCGAACGUCUCGUUCGCGAUUUCUUGUUACACCGCGUGCGCCGCGAACUCGAGAACAUCGAAAACGAACAAAUUUGGACGAAAAUGGCGGCGCAAACCGCGCACGAUUUGCCAACGUUUUCAGCGUACCCGCAAGAGAAGGCGACAAAUUCCGGCGAGUACCUCUUGUCGUUGCCGACGCGUCUCGAAGCGCUCGUGAACGUCGUUGGCGAUGACGUUGGCUCCGCCGCGUCAGCAUCUGCCGGCAUUUUUGGUAACGAUGACGAAGACGAGGAUUUAGCUUCGAUUUGGAUGGAGCGUGUAGCGGAAGCUUCGGCAACCAUCUUUCUCGAGCGCGUGAAAAGUAUUCGCCGCUUAUCCGAACCUGGCGCCGCGCAAUUAGCCGCCGACCUCGAAUACUUUUCAAACGUCGUCACGGCGUUGACCUCUCGUCCUCAAAGAGGUUUGCUCGCAUACAUGCAAUGCGCCAGCGUCGACGCAGACGACUACGCUCGAUUUGCCAGAGAAACCGUAGAGCAACAACAGCAGCAACAAUCCGCGGAGAAUGCGGACUCCUCGCCGGAGGCGUUCAUCGAUCACCUCAUCGUCAAACAAGUCGCAGCGAUGCGUGGUAUAGCUUUAUAA